AUGGAGGAUGAAAACAAAGUUAAAUUCACUGCUCAAGAUUUAUAUGACAACAAAGCUGACAAAACAUAUGUUAACGUUGAGUUAGAUAAAAAAGCUGACAAAACAUAUGUUAACGAUGAGUUAGAUAAGAAAGCUGACAAAACAGAGCUUCAAACGUUAAAGACAGAAAUACUUCAAACAGUAUAUCCUAUAGGUUCUAUUUACACGUCAAUGAACUCUACCAGACCAGAAGUAGUACUUGGUUUUGGAACUUGGACUCAAAUAGUCGACAGGUUUUUGUAUUGUGCAAACUCUUCAAAGGAAACAGGUGGAAGUAAAACGAUUUCAGGUGAAAACUUACCUGCGCAUAGUCACUACGUAGAUUUAAGUACAUCUCAAGCAGGUUGGCAUAAGCAUAGAUUUUGGGAUUGGUCAGCAAUGAAAAAAGGUAAAGGAUAUGAUGUUAAAGACAACGUUCAGUUUGCUAUAAAUUGUUUCUGGGGUAGCACACAGGGAGAUGGAAACCAUACACAUCGCGUUUCAGGGUAUACGCAAACAACGGGACAAAGUAAAGACUACAUGCCACCUUACAUGACAGUUUACGCAUGGUAUAGAAUUGCUUAG